AUGCAGUACGUCCGGAGCAUCAGCGGCUCUGUCUCGAAGACAUGGAACUCAAUCAACCCGGCGACCCUGAGCGGGGCUAUUGAUGUGAUCGUUAUCGAGCAGGAAGAUGGCACUUUGGCCUGCUCGCCCUUUCAUGUCCGCUUCGGCAAGUUUUCGCUCUUGCGUCCGUUCGAGAAGAAGGUGGAGUUCAAGGUCAAUGGAGUGAAACAGGAAUAUGCGAUGAAACUGGGUGAAGGUGGUGAGGCCUUUUUCGUGUUUGAGACAACCGACGACAUUCCUGCAUCCUUACAAACAUCCCCGCUGGUAUCCCCGGCUGGUAGCCCAAGGCCCGAGAGCGAGGAGGAUCUGCCAUCUUCCUUGCAAGAACCAGAGUACCUGGAUUUGGACCGAUCCAACACGGAUGCUCUGUCGGAGGGUAGAAAGACGCCACCCAGACUUGGGAUGCAGCAGAAUACGGGAAGGGCACAUACGGAUUUAGGUGUGAUUACACCUCUCUCACGAUCUCCCGAUGAAUCUGACUUGCGCCACUCCCGUCACGACUCGUUGGCUAAGCUACCAGUGUUCGAACACUCUAUGUCCGAGGAUGUACUUUCAACCAGCGCUCUUCGAUCACCUCCGAUGGAGCGUUCUCCCCUCAGUGGCUCAGCUGAAGCGAACGACGAGGGCAUUGGAACAGAAAGUCGUUCCCGCAGUCCUCCCCCGAUGUCCCCCCGGGAGGCUGUCUCCCGGGCAAUGAACUUGUCCAAGAAGCUAUCGGGUUCAAAUAUUCCAUCGCAUGUCACUGAUACGGGGGAUCUGAUGUUGGAUAUGACAGGCUAUAAGAGCAACGAAGAAGAUGCACUUCGCGCAGAGGUGAUUGCCCGCAAGAUUCUGGCUGAAGAGCUGGAAGGCAACUACGACAUCGGUGCGCUUAUUGGAGCUGACGAGCAUGGAAACCUCUGGAUCUACAGCAGCGAGGAAGCCAAAGAAGCAGCCGACCGAAGGGCGACUAUCAACUCUAUGCGGCCUAAUACUGCGAUGAGUGAAGAUGCGGUCUCGGAUCCAGGUUAUCACAGCGAGGGUGAAAAUCCUCUGUCAGAGACGACGCUGACACGGCAUCACCGAACUAAGUCAGACGUCCAGCCCGGCUUUCCAACCCCUCCUCAUUCGCCCAUGCACGAUACGUUCGCCGCCGAGACCCGCAACUACGCGAAGACGCUGCGGUUGACCAGUGACCAGCUCAAGGCCCUGCAGCUGAAACCAGGCGCCAACAUCAUGUCGUUUAGUGUCAACAAAGCGACUUGCACGGCCGCGAUGUAUCUUUGGAAUGGCAACACACCUAUCGUGAUUUCUGAUAUUGAUGGUACUAUCACCAAGUCGGAUGCCUUGGGCCAUGUCCUCAACAUGAUCGGGCGCGAUUGGACCCAUGCGGGAGUUGCGAAACUGUAUACCGACAUCGUCAAUAACGGUUACAACAUCAUGUAUCUCACCAGUCGCUCUGUGGGCCAGGCAGAUACAACACGUGCUUAUCUCCAUGGUGUCUGUCAAGAUACUGGGUAUCGGCUCCCCAAAGGUCCUGUUAUCUGCAGUCCGGAUCGCACGAUGGCGGCGUUGAGACGAGAGAUCUAUCUGAGGAAGCCGGAGGUUUUCAAGAUGGCCUGUUUGCGAGAUAUUCUCGGCCUCUUCUCUGGAAAGGAAAACCCCUUCUAUGCCGGCUUUGGAAAUCGACUGACAGACGCCCUGAGCUAUCGCUCCGUGAACAUCCCAUCUACGCGGAUCUUCACCAUCAACUCCAACGCCGAGGUGUCUCUGGACCUGCUGAGUCUCACUAAAUACAAGAGCAGCUAUGUAACUAUGCAAGAGCUUCUUGAUCAUUUCUUCCCUCCAACCAGUCUUCUCGUGCAGGCUGGCGGUGAAGAGUACACGGACUUCACCUACUGGAGGGAGACACCGCAAGAGUUGGCAGAUUUCUCUGCAACAGACAGUGAAGAUGAGGAAGAGGAAGAAGAUGAUGAUGAGGUGGCCGACGAUGAAGAAGAUGAAGAGGCAGAUGAUGAAGAGUACGAAGACGAACUGAGUGAUGGCGAGGGCAGCGAAUACCUUGACGAUGAGACGGGAAUUGCACAAGAGGAUGCCACGGACUUGACUGCGAGUUACAUGUCUCAAGAUUCGGUGGCCAUCUCCAACCCGGCCGGCUCGAUCAUUGAGUCUGUGGAAGGCGGUCCGGACUUUGGAGAGGAUGUCACCCCCGUGCAAGUUGAGUUGGAAGAGCCCAUCGGCGAGCCGAUUGUGCCAAUAUCCACCGACGCUGCGCGUACGACUUCUCUUCCUCUCCUCCCCAGGUCACCACGAGAGCCUUGA